AUGGGUGUGGGGAGAGAAUGGUGGCCUCAUGUAAGGGCUUCUUCGGUUGAUCCUCUUCUUGUUGUGCCAAGAGAGGAGAUUCACGAUCAUCCCCUAUUACUAUCACUACUAGAAGGGGAAGGAGGGAAGAGCUUGGCCACCUAUGGUGUGUGA